AUCCAACAUGGCGCUCCCCAAUUUUUGUCGUGAGUACGGUGGCUCGUGUGCAACUAUAGCCUUGGUCGUGAGCCCCGGAGGGUGCGCUUGAGCACUUGUACAGCGACCUUUUGGAGUUACGAGAGCCUUGUGGAAGACAGCUUGGCCUCAAUGAGACAGCAUUUGGCGAGUGUCCUUGGAGCCUGACCACAUCCCAGAAUUCGUAUGGAACCGAGUCAGCCUUCAAGUAACGGUGAUGGAGCAGCAUUGUUGGGGGAGACCAACAGCGCACUGAAAGUCACCGAAGACAUUUGGUUCGGAUGCUGUUCCUGCAUUUAUGCCACCAGAGAUCAGCGUAGAAUUGUGAGCCACCUGCUUGCCCAUGAAGAUGAACAAUUCAAGUGCCAGCAUCUUCCCACAUCUAGCUCUAGGUCCCAAGUGCUCAGCAACACUCAAAAGUGCAAAAGUGAUAAGUUAUUUGAGUGCAUGUUUUGCCCCCGAGCCUUUGCUCAAAAUUCUCAUCUACAAAGCCAUAAUCGAAUACACACUGGUGAAAAGCCAUUUAAGUGCAAGCUCUGCCCCAAAGCCUUUGCUCAAAGUGGCAGUCUGAUUUACCACAAUCACACCCACUCAGGUGAAAAGCGAUACAAAUGCAAGCUGUGCCCCCAAGCUUUUGGUCAGAAUACCUGUCUGGUUCGCCAUAAUCGAACACACAGUGGUGAAAAGCCAUUUAAGUGCAAGCUGUGCAACCAAGCCUUUGCUCAGAACUCCAAUCUAAUCCGCCACAAUCGAACACACAGUGAUGAAAAGCCUUUUAAGUGUAAGCAGUGCCCCCAAGCCUUUGCUCAAAAUUCCUAUCUGAUAAAGCAUAAUCGAACGCAUACUGGUGAAAAGCCAUUUAAGUGCAAACAGUGCCCCAAAACCUUUGCUCAAAGUUCCAAUCUGCAAAGCCAUAAUCGAACGCACACAGGUGAAAAGCCAUUUAAGUGCAAGCAGUGCCCCCAAGCCUUUUCUCAUAAUACCAGUCUGAUCAACCAUUAUCGAAUACAUAGUGUUUAAAAACCUUACAAGUACAAGCAAUGCCCCAGAAGCUUUGCUCAGAAUAGGAGUUUAUCCGCCAGAACCAGGUGUACACCUGCGGAAUGCAUUGUUGCUGACCCAUAUGUUGAGCCUGUCCUAGCUGUGUGUAAUCAUUUAACAUGUGCAGGACUUCAUCCCAUUUCAAUCAAACUAUUCAUAUACCCAAGUGAAAAGUAGGUUCCGAAAAUCUUUGCUCAGAUUAAUAGUUAAGCUCACCACACUGAGGCGCUUAUGCGCAAUAAGCAUCACAAAUUCCAGCAGUGUCCCGGUACAUUUUUUAAAUGGUUUUGCCUUUCCUAGCGAAAAUUCCAGAGGUUUCUAUCUGUAUUGGGUGUAUCAGGUUAUGGUCCAGUAGGAAUGUCAUCCAAUAGAAUCCUAUUGAAACCAAUGAAGACCUAUUGGUCAUAAUCAAUAGAGGCCUAUUGGUCUAGAGGAACCAAUACAGGUCUGUUGGUCUCUAGGAACCAAGAUACACCUAUUGGUCUAUAGAAAACAAUAGAGAUCCGGUGGACUAUUGGUUGCUAUAGACCAGGGGUCUCAAAAAAAAUGUUUGUGACUCGCUGAGAAGCGGCCCGCAGUUAACCGGUUGCAAGUCCCAGUUUCCAUGUCUCGAGCUCUAGGAAUGAUAUGUCAUAGUAAUCUAAUCUCGUGGAUUCAUUUUCGCUCAAAAAGUAGCUCUGCUAUUUUAACGUAUGUGCAUAAUUUAUAGUUCUCUGUCUUCAUUUGCCCUUUGUUUUGCUUUAUUUCUUGCUUUCCAGCUUUUUGUAACGUACAACAAUUCCACUACUAGUCUGCAACCCUGAGCUACUCGUUAAAGGAUGCAUGUCGGCUGUGCAAACUGUCGCUUAGCAGGAGCAAGUGCCAAAGAUAAAGCUAUGAGCUCGGGAUCCUCACCUUCAAAAAUUAUCACCAUUAAAAGGCAUCAGAGUGUUAUAAUAAAAAAUUGCGAGGCAUUUAA